AUGCCGCCUAAAGCAAAAGCUGCCAAGGAUGACAAGACCUUCGGUAUGAAGAACAAGAACAAGUCUUCCAAAGUCCAGAAAUACAUAGCUACCGUUCAGAAACAACAGGCCGACGGAGGUAAAUCAAAGGCGGAUAAAGCGAAAGAAGCUGAAAAGCAAAAGAAGGAAGAAGCGAAAGCUUCAGCAUUAGCAAAGAAGAAGAUGGAAUCGGAAUUGUUCAAAACCGCUCAAGUGCAGAAAGUACCUUUUGGAACGGAUCCUAAAACUGUGCUUUGUGUAUUCUUCAAAAAUGGACAUUGCGAGAAAGGCAAUAAAUGUAAAUUCUCGCAUGAUUUGAACGUAGGAAGGAAAGUUGAGAAACUGAACAUAUACGAGGAUGCGAGGGCACAGAAGAAAGCUGAUACGAUGGAUACUUGGGACGAAGAGAAAUUGAGGAAUGUGGUUACGCAAAAUGAGAAGAAACAGACAAAUGCUACGGAUAUUGUAUGUAAAUACUUUAUUCAGGCUAUAGAAGAUAAGAAAUAUGGUUGGUUCUGGGAAUGUCCAAACGGAGGAGACAAGUGCAUGUACCGACAUGCCUUACCACCUGGAUUCGUCUUGAAAGCAGAUAAGAAAGCGGCAGAAGACGCAGCUAAGAAGGAUAAGAUAUCGCUGGAGGAAUUCUUGGAAGUUGAGCGACAUAAACUUAAAGCACCUUUGACACCCGUCACACCCGAAUCGUUUGCUCACUGGAAGAAGACGCGACAAGAGAAGAAACAGGCUGAACAAGAAGCGCUGGAAAAGGCUAAAGCUACACAGAGAGCUGCCGGUAAGAUGACUGGUAUGACCGGUAAAGAUAUGUUUGAGUUCGGUGGAGAGCUGUAUGAGGAUGAUGACGAAGGGGACGAAGAGGACUGGGAUAUCAGUAGGAUGUUGGCUAGAUAUAGAGAAGACGACACUCGACCUGAUGGAUAUGAUGAUCAACCUACCAAAGGACAGAACGAGGAUGAUGGUGAUGAUGUUGAUGGAGUGACGAAUGGUGUAGGAAGUGUAAAAGUCUCAGGAUAG